CUUCAGUAGGAAGGGCAGACAUUACCCGGGAGUCAAUGGGAGCCAAUUUGACAACCUGCUGCUUUCGCUACUAUGUGAAACACAACAGAGGAGAGAAAAGUCGUAUUAUGUGUAUGCGCCACCCCACCACCUCAAGACCACCUGAACAAUUAUCCAGUGAUUCCAGCGACACGGAGGAAGAGAGUCUUUUUGGGCCCCGGAGUUCAGGAAGGAGAAUCCAGGAAAAGCAGAAGAGCUCUGCAGAACUCUGGAGCAUCACAAGCCGAAUCGGUGACCCUCCCGUCAGACGUGGAUCAGACAGGGAGCUGCAGGCGUUCAUCACCAUGAGAGACAAGACGGACGAGGCUACGGAGGAGUGGGAGAAACUAAAUUAUGACAUCCACACAUUACGAUACACCAGACGGGAAGUCAGAUCGCGAUGGAAGAAAAUCCUGCUGCGUCUUGGUUAUCAGUGCGAGGUGGAUAACUUGCUGUGUGUGAACAGACAGAGUCGCUUCAGUCGGGAUCCCGAGCAUCUCGAAAAGGCCACACAGUUAUUAAAACAGCUGCUGGACCACACCUCUCUAUUCCCUCCUGGGACAGAACACCAGGACAGAUACCUGUUUGUCAUGGACCGCCUGGUUUCUCUGGACAGUGCCGAAGAAUUUGUGCGACUGGCAAAGGAGAACUAUCCCCGGAAAGAUGGCUGACAGAGGAGG